AUGUCCAACAGCAGCUCUGGCACUGGCUUCCUCCUCCUGGCAAUCACAGACACACAGGAGCUGCAGCUCUUGUGCUUCUGGCUCUUCCUGGGCAUCUACCUGGCUGCCCUCCUGGGCAACGGCCUCAUCAUCACCACCAUAGCCUGUGACCACCACCUCCACACCCCCAUGUACUUCUUCCUUCUCAGCCUCUCCCUUCUUGACCUGGGAUCCAUCUCCACUAUUGUCCCCAAAUCCAUGGCCAAUUCCCUCUGGGACUCCAGAGCCGUAUCCUACGCAGGAUGUGCUGUCCAGGCCUUCUUUGUAUUUUUUUUGGUAACAGCAGAGUAUUUUCUUCUCACUGUCAUGGCCUAUGACCGCUACGUGGCCAUCUGCAAACCCCUGCACUACGGGGCCCUCCUGGGCAACAGAGCUUGUGUCCACAUGGCAGCAGCUGCUUGGGGCAGUGGUUUUCUCAAUGGCCUCCUGCACACGGUCAAUACAUUUUCACUGCCCCUCUGCAGAGGCAAUGCUGUGGGCCAGUUCUCCUGUGAAAUCCCCCAGAUCCUCAAGCUCUCCUGCUCACACUCCUACCUCAAGGAAUUUGGGCUUCUUGUGGUUAGCCUCUGUUUAGCACUUGGCUGUUUUGUUUUCAUUGUGCUGUCCUAUGUGCAGAUCUUCAGGGCCGUGCUGUGGAUCCACUCUCAGCAGGGACGGCACAAAGCCUUUUCCACGUGUGUCCCUCACCUGGCCGUGUCCUCCCUGUUUGUCAGCACUGGCACAUUUGCCUACUUGAAGCCUCCCUCCAUCUCCUCUCCUAUACUGGACUUUGUGGUGGCAGUGCUAUACUCCAUGGUUCCUCCAGCAGUGAAUCCCCUCAUCUAUAGCAUGAGGAACCAAGAGCUCCAGGUGGCAGUCUGGAAACUGAUAACUGGGUGGUUUUCUGAAGCAAUAAAAUUCUUCUGCGUAGCAGUAAAAAUGUAA